GAAGACUCUUAGGCAAUUAGUUAUCUGGGACUUUCUCCCUGAAGACUUAGGUUGCUCAGCAAGUCACUGUUGGGAUGAAGCUUUAUGGCCUUGGAGUCCUGGUAACCAUCAUCCUCUGUGAGCACCAUGGCCUGGCCUUUCAGAGUGGCCAGGUUUUAUCUGCCCUUCCAAGAACCUCCAGGCAAGUUCAACUUCUUCAGAAUCUUACUACAACUUAUGAGGUUGUCCUCUGGCAGCCAGUGACAGCUGAAUUCAUCGAGAAGAAAAAAGAAGUACACUUUUUUGUGAAUGCAUCUGACGUGGACAGUGUUAAAGCCCAUUUAAAUGUGAGCAGAAUUCCAUUUAACGUCCUGAUGGACAAUGUGGAGGAUCUAAUUGAACAGCAGACGUCCAAUGACACGGUCAGCCCCCGCGCCUCCUCCUCAUACUACGAACAGUAUCACUCGCUAAAUGAAAUCUAUUCCUGGAUAGAAGUUAUAACUGAACAGCAUCCUGACAUGCUCCAGAAAAUCUACAUUGGAUCAUCGUAUGAGAAGUACCCACUUUAUGUUUUAAAGGUCUCAAGAAAGGAACAAAGAAUCAAAAAUGCCAUAUGGAUAGACUGUGGAAUCCAUGCCAGAGAGUGGAUUUCACCUGCUUUCUGCUUGUGGUUCAUAGGCUACGUAACGCAAUUCCAUGGGACAGAAAAUAUGUAUACCAAACUUCUGAGGCACGUGGAUUUCUACAUUAUGCCAGUGAUGAAUGUGGAUGGCUAUGACUACACAUGGAAAAAGGAUCGAAUGUGGAGAAAGAACCGCUCUCUCCACAAGAACAACCGCUGCGUGGGCACAGACCUGAACAGGAACUUCGCUUCCCGACACUGGUGCGAGAAAGGUGCAUCAAGUUUCUCCUGCUCUGAAACCUACUGUGGACUUUAUCCUGAGUCUGAGCCAGAGGUGAAGGCAGUGGCUGGCUUCCUGAGAAAAAAUAUCAACCACAUUAAAGCUUACAUCAGUAUGCACUCAUACUCCCAGCAAAUACUCUUCCCCUAUUCCUAUAACAGAAGCAAAAGCAAGGACCAUGAGGAACUGUCUCUAGUGGCCAGUGAAGCAGUUCAUGCCAUUGAGAGUGUUAAUAAGAACACCAGAUACACGCAUGGCAGUGGCUCAGAAAGUUUAUAUCUAGCUCCUGGAGGCUCUGAUGAUUGGAUCUAUGAUUUGGGCAUCAAAUAUUCGUUUACGAUUGAACUUCGAGACACAGGCAGAUACGGAUUCUUGCUGCCUGAGAGAUACAUCAAACCCACUUGUGCAGAAGCUUUGGCCGCAGUCUCUAAAAUAGCUUGGCAUGUCAUCAGAAACAGUUAAUGCCCUUAUCUCUGCUCUCAUUUUUAUUUUAUUGAUUUCAGCAACACUAAAUUGUUGCAAUCGCUUCUAGGUUUAAUCAGUUUCCUUGGUUUUGUUGAAGAAUAAAAAGCACAUUACUUUGAGCUUAAGAGUGA